UAGGACACACCAAACUUGUCUCCCUCCACGUGUCCCCCUGCAUGUCUCCAACCUCAAAUCCUCCCCACACCUGUCCCUUGAAACCCCAUCACCUCUUUCUUAAUAUCCCGCACCUCUCUCUCACUAGCUUCACUUCUCUCUCGAUCAUCCAUGGCGGACCGUCACCAAAACCAAACCCAAACCCAGCAGCAGCAACCGCAGAGAGUCCCAAGACCCACCAACACCAACAACCUGGCCUCUACAAAUGCUUCCACAUUCCUACGUAGACUCCAAGGACAUGCCCCGAACUCAACCCAGCUCGUCGGUUUCUUGACGCUCCUCGUCUCCGGCGCCAUUCUCCUCCUCCUCACCGGCCUCACCUUCACCGCCACAAUUAUGGGCCUGAUCUUGUUCACGCCUCUAAUCAUUAUCUCCAGCCCCAUAUGGGUCCCAAUCGGCGCCCUCCUCUUCCUGACCGUCGCCGGGUUCGUCUCCAUGUGCGGCUUCGGAGCGGCGGCGGUGGCCGGUUCAUCUUGGAUGUACAGGUACUUCAAGGGAAUGCACCCGCCCGGUUCGGACCGGGUCGACUACGCGAGGAGCCGGAUUUACGACACGGCGAGCCAUGUGAAGGAUUAUGCUCGAGAGUACGGUGGGUAUUUGCAUAGUAAGGUAAAGGAUGCUGCUCCUGGAGCUUAACGACCGUUCGAUCAAGCUGUGAAAUUUUAAUGUUUUUUUUGUUACGUUUUGUUUUUGGCACCGGUCCGGUUUAUUGUUGAGCCUGCAGAUAUGUUGGACCCGGGUUUUUUUCCUUACGUGUCACGUCUGGUAUUUGGUUUGUUUCUCUUUUUAUAUAUAUAUAUAUAUAAAUCUUUUUGGGCUCGGAUUUUAAAGGCUUUAUUGAGUUCGGUAGAUGGUCUGGGCUGGGCUGCUGUUGAUUGUUUCUGUUAUGGGUUUUCGUGGUGCAAUCUUGUUCAUGGAUUA